AUGUCGGUCAUGUUAAGGCACUUAUGUGUUCCAGUGAAUCCCUUACGUUUUCGAUCCAUCCAGCUUCGAACAGCUUUAAGAUGUUUGCACAUGAUACGUGAGCCUGCUCCCCUACAUAUAUUUGAAGAUAGGAAUUGGUUAGUAAGGAAACCUACCUACUCGUACCUCCCGAAGCAUGAACUAAAGAGCAGUAAACCAUAUUUUGAUUUUACUAUUGAUUGUGAUAAUGUUUACACCAAAAACGAACAGUUUAGGAAGGAGUUAGAUUUGGCGUUGAAGAGAAUUUACCAAGAUCAAGUAUCUGCAGCUACUAGGAAAGAAUCUAAACUGAAAAAAUAUACCUGGUGUAAAUUGCGUGACUACAUCUAUCAACAACUGAAUAAUCCAGAUUUGGAUUCCAUUAUAGAUCAAUACAGAACGACCCUUUAUAAAACUAUCCAACCGAAUGAACCCAAGACCAUCAUACCGCAGUUAGUAAAGUGCCAAGAAAUAGAUAAUCCGCAAAUGUGGAGUGAACUGCUGAAGAAAGAACCCACUAGUAUUAUGUUAAGUGAUAAGUAUCAUUAUCUACUUAUUGAAAUAUUCGAUCAUAUUUAUAGACAAGAAAUCAUACCGUCAUUUUACGAGGAGGAUGAGAGUAAGACUGAAGUUAAUAUCUCCAACCCAGCAGAAUGGUUCUCAGAGGCAAGAAAAAUAAGACGACAUAUAAUAAUGCAUAUUGGCCCCACUAAUUCAGGUAAGACGUAUAAGGCGCUACAAAAGCUGAAAACUGCUGAAAGCGGGUAUUAUGCAGGUCCAUUGCGGUUAUUGGCGAGAGAAAUAUAUGAUAGAUUUAAAUCAGAGGGAAUCAGAUGUAAUCUGCUGACAGGUGAAGAAGUCAUUAGGGAUUUAGAUGAUAUGGGGAAUUCAGCCAAAUUAACAUCUGGUACUGUGGAAAUGGUUCCCUUGAAUAAGAAAUUCGAUAUUGUUGUAUUAGAUGAGAUUCAAAUGAUGAGUGAUGAAGAUCGUGGAUGGGCAUGGACCAAUGCUUUAUUAGGUGCCCAAGCUCGUGAAGUUCAUCUUUGUGGGGAAAAAAGUACUUUACCAUUAGUGAGAAAAAUUGUGGAAAUGACUGGUGAUCAGCUAACUAUUAAUGAGUAUGAAAGAUUGGGGGGACUGAAUGUCGAAAAGAAAUCUAUAAAAACAAAACUCAAAGGUCUUGAACGAGGUGAUUGUAUUGUUGCAUUUUCAAAGAAGAAGAUCUUGGAUUUGAAAUUAGAAAUUGAAGCCAAAACAGAUAUGAAAGUUGCAGUUAUUUACGGUUCUCUGCCUCCAGAAACGAGAGUUCAACAGGCUAAUUUAUUUAAUAGUGGUGAAGCUGAUAUUUUAGUUGCAUCAGAUGCAAUUGGGAUGGGAUUGAAUUUAUCAAUUGAUAGAAUUAUUUUCUCUACCGAUUUGAAAUUCAAUGGGAAAGAAUUAAUUAACUUAAGUUCAUCUAACAUUAAGCAGAUUGGGGGUAGAGCAGGACGAUUUAAAUCUCAUGAUGAAGAUCGCCCCACUGGUUACAUUUCGAGUUUUGAUAGCGCAGUGCUACAGUCAGUUAAGGAAGGUAUAGAAGCACCUAUUGAAUAUUUAAAAAGUGCAGUCAUCUGGCCAACUGAUAAAAUUUGUGAACAAUUGUUAAUGAGAUUCCCACCGGGGACACCCCCAAGUGUAUUGCUACAGACAUUAUCUGAUCAAUUAGAAAAAGGUUCCAAGAAGAUAUUUAAAGUAUCGAAUUUAAAGGAUAAAUUUGAAGUUAUUAAGAUUUUCGAGCAUAUGGAUGAUAUUCCCUUCCUGGACAAAUUAAAAUUGAGUAAUGCACCAGUGAAAGAUUUACCUAUGGUAAAGAAGGCUUUCUACAACUUUUGUCAAACAAUUGCUAAGGGUCAAACCCGAGGUUUGCUAACAUAUAACAUACCAUUCAAAUUACUUGACUACCGAUAUAUCACAGAUGAUAAGAACGGAUUAGAAGUCUAUGAAGCUCUAUAUAAUAUCAUCAUGUUAUUCUUCUGGCUAAGUAACAGGUAUCCAAGCUAUUUCGUUGACCUAGAAUCUGCCACUGAUCUAAAAUAUUUCUGUGAAAUGAUUAUAUUUGAAAAAUUGGACCGAUUGAAGAAGAAUCCAUAUUUGAGAAAGUCAUUCGCGCCAACCCAACGAGGUUCUUUCUCAUUCAAUAAUAGAAGAAACAAUCGUCAUUAG